AUGGCAAUCUCUUUACUCUGUCUUUUACUCAUCACCUUCGUUUCGUUAAUCUUUGUCGCCAAGAAGAUCAAACGCUCUAAAUGGAAUCUUCCUCCAAGCCCUCCUACGUUUCCGGUCAUCGGAAACUUGCACCAGAUCGGAAAAUUGCCACACAGAUCACUUCAACAUCUAGCCGAAAGAACCGGACAUGUUAUGCUUCUUUACUUUGGUUCUGUCCCUGUAACUGUAAUCUCAUCGAAAGAAGCAGCUGAAGAAGUGCUUAAAACUCAUGACCUGGACUGUUGUAGCAGGCCUAAGCUUUAUGGAUCAAGGCUUAUCUCUCGGGGUUUUAAAGAUAUCGGUUUUACGCCAUACGGUGAAGAGUACAAAGAGCGACGUAAGUUCUUGGUGCGUGAGCUUUUCGCUUUGAAAAAGGUUCAGUCUUUCAGAUAUAUUAGAGAGGAAGAAUGUAACUUUAUGGUCAAGAAACUGUCGGAAUCUGCUGCGGAUCAAUCUCCAGUAGAUUUGAGCAAAACCCUUUUCUCGCUACCUGCGAGUAUCGUAUUUAGAGUUGCUUUUGGACAAAGUUUCCAUGAGAGCAAGUUUAUUGAUAAAGACAAGGUCGAUGAGCUUGUGUUUGAAACCGAGACAGCUCAAGCUAGCUUCCUUUGCUCUGAUUUCUUCCCCUUUGCCGGACUUGGAUGGCUCGUUGAUCGGCUUUCCGGGCAACACAAAAGGCUCAACGAUGUUUUCUUGAAGCUUGAUGCUCUGUUUCAAAGUGUGAUCGAUGAUCAUUUGAAUACUGGAAGAUCGAAAGAGCAAAGAGAUAUCGUUGAUAUAAUGUUAGACGUAAUGCAUAAACAAGGCAAAAAUGAUUCCUUGAAGCUUUCAAUAAAUCAUAUCAAAGGAUUUCUCACGAAUAUAUUUAUCGCAGGGAUAGACACAGGAGCUAUUACAAUGAUAUGGGCGAUGACGGAACUCGCUAGAAACUCGAAACUGAUGAAGAAAGUUCAAGGCGAGAUCCGAGACGGCCUUGGCAACAAUAAGGAGAGAAUCACCGAAGAAGAUAUCGAUAAAGUUCCUUACUUGAACCUCGUGAUCAAGGAAACAUUCAGAUUACACCCUGCAGUUCCUCUUCUACUCCCAAGGGAAACAAUGGCUCACAUCAAGGUUCAAGGCUAUGAUAUUCCUCGCAAGAGACGGAUCUUGGUUAACGUUUGGGCGAUAGGAAGAGAUCCUAAACUCUGGACAAACCCGGAAGAGUUUAACCCCGAUAGGUUUAUCGAUAAUCCUUUGGAUUACAGAGGACAACAUUUUGAGCUCUUACCAUUUGGGUCUGGUCGAAGGAUAUGUCCCGGGAUGGCGAUGGGGAUGGCUACUGUUGAAUUGGGACUCUUGAACUUACUUUACUUCUUCGACUGGAAGUUGCCUGAUGGGAUGACACAUAAUGAUAUCGAUACAGAAGAAGCUGGUACUCUUACAAUCGUCAAGAAAGUACCUCUCAGGCUCGUCCCAGUUCGAGUUUACUGA